AUGUCCGAACCAGGCCCAGAGUCCGUCCCCACCAGCGCGGACCCGCGCAGCAAACGACCCGUCAAGCGUCGCGCCAUCACACCUCACCUCGAACAAGCCACCCAAAUCAGCUCCCUCUUCCGCGACCCCGCCAAAGACAUCCGCCUUCCCGGUCCGUCCAGGGAACGGACCGCGGGGUCGAUGCCCGCCCCGCCGGAGAUCGUCGCGAACGUGCAGGGAUCCUCGGCCGGUGCGGGAUCUGGCGAGUUCCACGUUUACAAAGCGAGCCGCAGGAGGGAAUACGAGCGGCUGCGGUUAAUGCAGGGGGAGGUUGAUAGGGAGAAGGGGGACGAGGAGUGGGAGAGGAAGCAGGAGGAGAUUAGAAGGAAGGAUGAGGAGAAGACGGAGAAGAAUCGGAAGAGGAGGGGGAAGAAGAAUGCGGCGAGGAAGAAUAAGAAGGGGCCUGAUGUGAGUAUGGCUGAGCAAUCGGCUACUGGGGCGUCGGGCCAUGCGCUUGGGGGGAGUAUGGAUGGGGUCCAGAAUACGGGCUCUGAGGGGGUGGAUCGUUCCGUUGAGACGCCUGGUGUUAUCAUUCAUGAUGAUUGA